CAUGUUGUACACAUAUCUAUCUCACCCCUGUUUUUUUUUUCAUUCAUCUUAGUUUCUGUAAUACAAUCUUGAAAUAAGAAAACCCCGUUUGGGAUUUUGAAUAAUUGAAAGAAAGUUGUGCGAAGAUGGAAGAAGUUUUUGGCUCAGAAUGCAGUAGUGGGUGCGAGUCUGGUUGGACUUUGUACUUGGAACAGUCGAUGUACCCUUCACAUUCUCUUCAAAACCACAACCAUGUUGUCGAUGAUUUCCUCUGUAAAAAAGGCUCCUUUAUACAUAAAGAGGAGGAAGAAGAUGAAGAAGAAGAAGAAGAUAUGUCUAUGGUUUCAGAUGCAUCUUCUGGCCCACCACAUUUUCAAGAACAAGAAGAAUGCUUCAACAACAACAGCCAUGGUGGAUACUGUGUUUACACCACUCUUCCUACAUUAAUCGAUCAUCCUACAAAUGGGAAAAGAAAAAAGAUUGAAAAGAGAUCAAAGUUACAUAGAAAGGUUCAAGAUUUUCCUUCUUUUCUUGAUGAUACUGCUAGCUCUCCUUUCUUCAACUUCUCAAAUAACAAUCUAACAGUGCCCAACAAGGAAACUUCAAUGGAGGAUAACGACAUUAGAGACUACUCACAGGGCUACUCCACAACCUACUUUGAGGAUAAAUCUACAUAUCAAGAACACUUUGGGUUCUUCCACCCCUCUGUUUCUGGAACUCAACUGCAACAAAACCAAUGGUUUGAAGGAAAGAGAUGGGGAUGAUGUUCAUCAAUGUCAAAUUCUUGAAGUUUGUUUAGAAGAAAUGGCAUGGCUUAUCAAGCUAGAGGAAUUCACACCCAAAAGAAAAGAUCUUGUUCUUUUCUAUCUUUUUUUCUUUUUUUGGAAUUUUUUGAUUUCUUUUUUCCUUUUUAGAUGUUCAAUUGUCAAUUGCAAUGAAAACAACCCGAGGAGGAAAAAAAAAUAUCUGGGAAAUAAUUUUUCCUGUUCCUCAUUUAUUA